UUUCCUGGAAAAUUCUUCUCCUUUAACUUUGGUGGUACAUGUGUCGACGUUUUUUCUUCAGCUUCUCUUCUUGAACGAGUAUUGGAAAGUGCACAGCUCUUGCAUGUGGAUUUCUUUGUUGCUUCUUUGAGGGAGAUUUAUAAUGCCCGGAAUCAUUAGAGCGGUGUGGCUCAAAUUUAUUCUCAUUUCGCAUCGUAUUUUAACUUUGUGGCAUGACAACACAUAAUAGUUGAUUACACCGACGUCUUGACGUUUUGUUUAUAUAAUUUAUUCGUUCUUUCCCACAUAUAAUGUUUUCUGUUGAGAGUUUAAUUUGCUUUGUUACUUGAUGGUUGUGUGAUGGUGUUGGUUGGUGAUGGAGCUGCUUGCUAGGUCCUUCCAACUGAUCUUUGGUUCAUUACUGGAUGACAACGUUUGAUCGCUGAUGUUCUCACUAAAUUAAACCCCUCUUCUGGUAGCUGAAUAAAAUUCAACGGCUUAAACUGAAUUAUCAUGGACUUAAGAUGAAAUCAAAUUAUCAAAUAUGUGUUGACAUGGAAUCAAAUAUCUAACCGCAUACCGAUUUACAUCAACUACCUUUUUUCGAUGGCAUUAAGCACCCAAAGAGCCUCGGCAUCUUUUGUUUUGAAUGAAUCAGCUCCUCGAUGGAAGUAUGAUGUGUUUUUGAGUUUCAGGGGUGUAGACACCCGCAAGGGUUUUGUAUCCCAUUUAUACCAUGAAUUGUGCAAUUGCCAAGGAAUUACGACUUUCAUGGACGAUCGAGAUCUUGAAGGAGGAACAAGUAUUCAUCUUGAGCUCCCGAGUGCGAUCAAAGAAUCGCACAUUGCAAUCGUUGUUCUCUCACCAAACUAUGCUUUUUCCAAAUGGUGCUUGAAUGAACUUACAGCCAUUCUUCAAUGCAUGGAAUCCAGGAACUCUAUUCUGCCGGUCUUUUAUGAGACAGAUCCAUCUGACGUUGGAAAUCAACGGGGACGUUUUGCCGAAGCCUUCGCGAAGCAUGAAGAAAAUUCGAGCAGUACCGAAGAUAAAAGGAAGGUGGUCCAAUGGAAAGCUGAUCUAAAAAGAGUGUCCAAAAUUUGUGGUUGGCAUUCGAAGGAAUAUAAGAGCGAAAGUGAGAUUAUACAACAACUCGUCAAAAGUGUGUGGAGGAAAGUGCAAGCUACAUUCCCGUUGUUAGAUUCCUCACAGGAAUUAGUUGGGGUUAAUUCUGGGCUUGAGCAACUAAGUUCGUUGUUAGCUCAUGAUGUCAAUGAUGUUCGCUAUAUAGGGAUAACGGGGAUGGGUGGCAUUGGUAAGACAACCCUUGCUAAGCUAGUUUAUGAUAGAAUCUUCCAUCAUUUUGAAGUUCACUGCUUUCUUGAAAACGUUAGAGAGGCUUCUAAAGCAGACCCUACUCUAAUUCGUCUUCAAAAAACACUUCUUUCGCCGAUGUUGAAAGAAAAGAUUCUCACACAACAAUGGGGAAUCAAUUACACCAAGAGAUGCUUAUGGAACAAAAAGGUUCUUCUUGUACUUGAUGAUGUGGAUCACAUAAACCAACUACAAGUACUAGCUGGAAAGGAAGAUUGGUUUGGCAUGGGAAGCAUAAUUCUCAUUACAACUAGAAAUGAACGUCUGCUAGUCGAGCAUGGCAUAACAUUAUGUCAUAGUGUCAAAGUGUUAAAUGAUGAUGAAGCUCUUGCGCUGUUUAGCCUGCAUGCCUUUAAGAAAAAUCUGCCUGAUGAUGGGUUUUUGGAACUGUCUAAGUAUUUCAUUAAUUAUGCUGGAGGCCUUCCAUUAGCUCUAAAAACUUUGGGGUCGACAUUGUUUAAGAGAGGGCUACAUGAUUGGAAUAGUGUGCGGGAUAAUCUGUCAAAAGUUCCUAAUCCAACAAUUUUUGAUAAACUUAAAAUAAGUUAUGAUGGACUAGAAGAGAUGGAGAAGAGCUUUUUUCUUGAUGUUGCAUGUCUCCACAAAGGGAAGCACCGGGAGGAAAUAAUUGAAAUACUAGAUAAUUCUUUUGGAAUUUCUAGUUGUUAUAGGAUAAAUGUACUAAUUGAGAGAUCUCUCCUCUAUCAAGAUCACAAUAAAUGCAUACGGAUGCAUGAUUUGAUACAAGAAAUGGCAUGGACAAUUAUUGGUCACUACUCUACAGAACCUGGUCAACACAGUAGGUUGUGGCUUUACAAUGACAUCUGUCAUAUAUUCACAACGAAUACGGGAACGGGAGCAAUUGAAGCCAUAUCAUUACGGCUGCCCCAAGUAGAAGAGGCACUCCAGUGGAAUUGCGAAGCCUUCUUUAAGAUGGAUGGACUAAGGUUUUUGGAAUUCGAUAAUUUGAUCUUUUCUUCAGGCCCCAAAUUUCUUCCAUGUUCCUUGAGAAUUAUAAAUUGGAGUUUCUAUCCUUCUAGUUUUCUUCCAACCAGCUUUCACCCGCGCUUCCUUGCUCAACUUAAGAUGCGUGAAAGCAAUCUUGUUCGACUUUGGGAGGGAAAAGUGGACUUGCCAUACUUGAAAUGUAUCGAUCUUACCGAUUCCAAUAAAUUGAAGAGUACCCCAAAUUUCAGUGGUCUUCCAAAUCUUGUGGAUUUGAUUCUUCGGAAUUGUAAGAAUUUAGUUGAGAUACACCCGUCUAUUGCAAUCCUCAAAAGACUUAAACAUUUGUUUCUCAGUGGCUGUGAAAGCAUUAAGAGCCUCCCAAGUGAGGUUGAAAUGGACUCUCUUCAAUCUUUAGAUCUUGUUGGCUGCUCAAAUGUGAAAAAGAUUCCAGAAUUUGGGGAGCAGAUGAAGAAUUUAUUCACGCUUGACUUAAGUGAGACUGCGAUCGAGAAAAUACCUUCAUCAAUUGGACAUCUGGUUGGCCUUAGGGAAUUGCAUGUAAGGAAUUGCAAAAAUCUCUUGAACCUUCCAAGGGCUAUUUGUAAUUUGAAGUCUCUCAAACAUCUACAAUAUGGGAUCGACUAUGACGCAGCCCCUUGUGGAUCGGAUGGUAAAGCAAGCGAGCGGUGGGGGGGCCUUCUCCGCUUAUUAGGACUUGAAAAGAGUCGCCCUGAUCCUCUUCCUUGGUGGAGUUCGGUGUUGUCUUCUCUAAAUCGUUUCUGCUCUUUGACACACUUACAGCUAAAGAAACGUAAUAUCCAGGAGGGGGAUAUCCCCGAUGAUAUUGGCUGCUUGUCUUCAUUGGAAGAAUUGGAUCUUUGUGGAAAUAAUUUCAUCAGUCUACCUGAAAGCAUUAGACGCCUUUCUAAGCUUAGGAAACUUAUUCUGGUGAGGUGCAAAAGCCUUCAACAAUUGCCACCUCUUCCAUCACAGAGCGAAAGUGAAUUUGACUAUGACUGGACCUGGAACUUAUUUGUUCAUGUAGACAUUUGCACUUCCUUACGAAGGUUCUCAGAUCCAUCCAAUUUGUAUGGUGUUUGGGUCACUUGCCUGAAUUGCAUUGCAUUGGUUCCAGAUGAAGGCUGGAUUAAGACAAUACUCUCAGGGGUUGUAAGAUACGCGCCAUUCGGUCCGAUGAACGCUGUAAUCCCUGGAAGUGAAAUCCCAGAGUGGUUCAAUAAUCAGAAUGUGGGACAUUCAAUAAAUGUGGAGGUUCCUCCAGGUGACGACUUGCUGGAGCUUGUCAUCUGUGCUGUUUUUCAAGACCCUUCCCAAAACUUGGCAAAUCCAGCUGCCCUUCGUCAUUAUGAUAAUUUCGAAAUUAUGUGUUUUGGGAACCCUCCUAUAGGUACUAAUGGUGUGAAAUACGGCAUAGGGUCUCUUGUGUCAGAACACCUUUGGAUAUUUUCUUGUCUGUGUCCUCUUCGUGAAGAUUGUCAUCAGAAACUGUUAUCUUUCGAAACUUUUUUUGAUGGGAAACUAAAAGCAGAUUGGCAUGUGGUGAAGAAGUGUGGGGCUCGUUUGGUGUACAAGCAAGAUUUGAAAGAACUCAACCGAAAACUACUGAAAUGAACACGGGAAAAUCAUGACGAGGCAACUACACGGCAACUCCGUUUUGACGAUCAAAUGAAUUUGCGGCCUAUGCAUGGGUGAAGUGCGAGAGGGAAGAGGAUAAAGAUUGCUAUGAAGUUCUGAAACAAGAAGCGAAUGUUAAUGGUCGUCCAGGUGCUGAAUUUGGAGCUGAAGAUCGAUAUGUUCGUCUCACCCUCUUAAGGACCCAAGAUGAUUUUGAUUUAUUGCUUCAGCGACUCAACUCCUCAAGUAGGGUGUCAAUACGUGGCAUAAUCUGCUACAGAGAAACAUUGCAGAAAUAUAGUAGAGCACUACUCGUGCUCCCUUAUGUACGUUUGUAGAAAUAUAGGAGAGCACUACUCGUGCUCCCUUAUGUACGUCUAUAUAUAGCAGUCACCAUUUAGUUUCGGAAGAAAGACAAAGCCAACAAACCAUAUGUAAACCAUUUGAUCGCAAAAUAACUACCUCACAAUCUUUGUGGGCAUUUUUUUUUUCC